AUGGUGACGGCGUGGGUGCGCUCGCUCAGCUGCAGGUCCUCCUACGCCGUCACCGACGCCGCCAUCGCGCCGCCCCCGGCCAAGAAGCCGCCGCCACCUCUGCCCUUCUCCUGCGCCACGGCGGCGGCAGCGGACGUGAUGGACGCCGUGGCGUACGCCCAGCAGGCCAGGAGGAAGAAGAUGGGGAGGGAGCGGGAGAGGCGGAGGGAAGCGCGGGAGCCGCGUCCGCGGCCCAAGAAGAAGCCCAAGCCGAUGGCGAAGGCGAAGGACGCGGCCGCCGCAGGGGCGCUGUUCAUGCCGUCGCCGGCGCCGGCGCAGCCCGUGACCUCGGCGUUCCUCACGAUGGCGGAGCUGCCACAGGGCCACUCGUCGCGGCGGGUCGUGGAGCUCAUCUUCGCGUCCGGGUGGGGAGGAGGAGGAGGAGGCGCAGGCGCAGGCGCGGGCGCGGUGGCGCCGGAGCCGUCGGUGGAGGCGCUGUUCCGCGUGCACAGCGCGUCGCGCGCGGUGGCGCGGUUCGAGGAGGCCAGGGCGGCGGCCCGCGCGCACGGCGCCGCGGCGCGGUGCGGCGCCGACGGCAACGAGAUGAUGCGGUUCCAGUGCCACGCCCCCGCCGACGCGCCCGGCGGGGUGUUCGGCGCGGGCGUCGCCACCUGCCGCCUCGGCGCCUCUGUCUCCGCCGUGCGCACGUUCGCCUGCAGCGGCGCCGCGCACGCCAGCGCCGCCGCCGACGGCGGCGCUGCCACCACUGGGCGAAGGGCGAUGCUGGUGUGCCGCGUCAUCGCCGGCCGCGUCUGCCCCGCCAACCACCCGUCCCCGCGCCACGCCCACGGCUCCGCCGCGACCGCCUACGACUCCGUGGACAUGGGCAACGGCGAGCUGGUGGUCCUCGACAGCCGCGCCGUGCUCCCCUGCUUCCUCAUCAUCUACAAGGUCUAG